GUCUUCCGUGGAAGGCAAAACCUGUGACAUAUAUUAAGUAUACUCGUCUAUUAUGUCUUUAGUUUCGUUUUCGCUUUAAGACAUAUCCUCGGCGAAUAAGUUACACUAAAAAAGAAUGUCCUCUGACCUGGUAGCUACUUGGACCGUGUCUUUGCCAGAUGGGAAGCACAAGGUGGAGUUUGAGCAUGGAACCACAUCUGGGAAAAGAGUCAUCACAGUUGAUGGAAGGGAAAUACAUCGGGAAGAAUGGAUGUUCAAGCUAGUUGGCAAAGAACACUUCAAAGUAGGCAAUGCAAAAUGCACAAUCUCUAUUGAUGCCUGCUCUGGGUUUGCCUACGAGUACACCUUAGAAGUGAAUGGGAAACCACUGGAAAAGUUUCGAGAGAACCAGAACAAGAUACAGAAAUGUUGGUGCUUCACUCUGGGCUCACAAAGUAGCACCCCAUUCCGAGUUGUUCUUGAAAAAGACACACUAAAUGUAUGGGUGAAUGGCAAGGUAGUAGAGACUACAGGUGAGUUCACAGAUAACGGUACAGAGACCCAUUUUGCACUUGGAGAGACCCUGCACUCAGCGUACAUAGAGGCAAACAGCAGUGGAAAACGCCGGGAGGGCAUUGUGCACAGACUUUUCAUUGACGACCAGGAAAUACCACCUGCAAAGGAUUAAUUUGAAUGUGCACUUGGUCUUGAAACAUGAAUUGACAAUGCAUUUGAUACAUGUUGGCAAUCAGGGUUUUAGCUGAAAAUCAUUGUUAUGCUCCUUAAUAGUGGGUAGCAUAAAAUACCUGCUUGUCCAUCUGUUCCAAUUCUAAUUUUGAUUAAAUUGUGUUUGCAGGGAUGUGAAACAAAUUUUAUUGAAAAAAUCUGUCCUCCACAAUGUGCAGUCCAUCCAUAGUUUCUUUCUGCCUGGUGUUUCGUUCCUCACAAGAUCUCCGACACAAGUGAUCUGAAUUGUUUGAAACUUUAAAUGCUGCAAACCUGUAAGUAUGACUUGACAUAAUGUCUGGUCAUUGUGCACCAAUGAUUUUUUUUCUGAGGAUUAUUGAUCUUUAAUAAUAAUAAAGACAUGUUAAUUGCUGGGCAAGAUAUCAGAACUUUAUUAUUACCUUUAAAUCACAUUCUGGUAUGUGGAUAUUUCCUAGAACGUUUCCCUCAUUUUCUAGUUCCCAAACUUUCGCAAAGUGCAUUAUUUGAGAGCAUCCCUCAAUUGCACUGAUACUCUGGCUGUAUUGGUAAAACAUAAAGUCAAAAAUCAUUUCAGACUUUCAAUGUGUAUAAUUAUUGCAUAAUAAUAGAACUUUCAGUGAUAUACCGUACUCUGUAUUAAAUAUCUUCUGUUUUUAUUCUUUCAAAAAGAUACAUAAAAGUAAUUAGAAAUUUGUUAUUGUUAAGAUCUUAAAACAUGUUGUAAUGUUGGAAUUUAGGAAAUAAAAAAUCACUUGCCUA